AUGGUGUGGUGCCUCGGCCUGGCCAUCCUCAGCCUGAUCAUCAGCCAGGGGGCUGACGGUCGAGGGAAGCCUGAGGUGCUCUCUGUGGUGGGCCGGGCUGGGGAGAGUGUGGUGCUGGGCUGUGACCUGCUGCCCCCAGCCGGCCGGCCCCCUCUGCAUGUCAUCGAGUGGCUGCGCUUUGGAUUCCUGCUUCCCAUCUUCAUCCAGUUCGGCCUCUACUCUCCCCGAGUUGACCCUGAUUACGUGGGACGUGUCCGGCUGCAGAAGGGGGCGUCUCUGCAAAUCGAGGGGCUCCGGGUGGAAGACCAGGGCUGGUACGAGUGCCGCGUGCUCUUCCUGGACCAGCACAGCCCUGAGGACGAUUUUGCUAACGGGUCCUGGGUGCACCUGACAGUCAAUUCGCCCCCUCAGUUGCAGGAGACGCCUCCCCCAGUGCUGGAAGUGAAGGAGCAGGAGCCUGUGACCCUGCGUUGUGUGGCCCGGGGCAGCCCCCCACCUCGUGUGACUUGGAAGCUCCGAGGACAGGACCUUGGCCGGGGCCAGGGUCAGGUGCAAGUGCAGAACGGGACGCUGUGGAUCCGGCGGGUGGAGCGGGGCAGCUCUGGGGUCUACACCUGCCAAGCCUCCAGCACUGAGGGCAGUGCCACCCACGCCACCCAGCUUCUGGUGCUAGGCCCCCCCGUCAUCGUGGUGCCUCCCAAGAACAGCACAGUCAACGCCUCCCAGGAUGUUUCCUUGGCCUGCCGCGCUGAGGCGUACCCCACCAACCUCACCUACAGCUGGUUCCAGGACAGCAUCAAUGUCUUCCACAUUAGCCGCCUGCAGUCCCGAGUGCGGAUCCUGGUGGACGGAAGCCUGUGGUUACAGGCUGCCCAGCCCGAUGAUGCUGGCCGCUACACUUGCCUGCCCAGCAAUGGCCUUCCGCGCCCGCCCUCAGCCUCUGCCUACCUCACUGUGCUCUACCCAGCCCGGGUGACAGCCAUGCCUCCCGAGACGCCCUUGCCCGUAGGCAUGCGAGGGGUGAUCCGGUGCCCAGUUCGUGCCAACCCCCCCCUCCUCUUUGUCAGCUGGACCAAGGACGGGCAGGCCCUGCAGCUGGACAAGUUCCCUGGCUGGUCCCAGGGCACAGAAGGCUCACUGAUCAUUGCCCUGGGGAACGAGGACGUCCUGGGAGAAUACUCCUGCACCCCCUACAACAGCCUGGGCACUGCUGGGCCCUCCCCUGUGACGCGUGUGUUGCUCAAGCCUCCCCCAGCUUUUAUAGAACGGCCCAAGGAAGAGUACUUCCAAGAAGUAGGGCGGGAGUUGCUCAUACCCUGCUCUGCCCGAGGAGACCCUCCUCCCGCUGUCUCCUGGGCCAAGGUGGGCCGGGGGCCACAGGGCCAGGCCCAGGUGGACAGCAACAGCAGCCUCGUCCUGCGACCGUUGACCAAGGAGGCCCACGGACGAUGGGAAUGCAGCGCCAGCAAUGCUGUGGCCCGUGUGGCCACCUCCACGAAUGUCUACGUGCUGGGCACUAGUCCCCACGUUGUCACCAAUGUGUCCGUGGUGCCUUUGCCCAAGGGUGCCAAUGUCUCCUGGGAGCCUGGCUUUGAUGGUGGCUAUCUGCAGAGAUUCAGUGUCUGGUACACCCCACUUGCCAAGCGUCCUGACCGUGCGCACCACGACUGGGUGUCCUUGGCAGUGCCCGUGGGGGCUGCUCACCUCCUAGUGCCAGGGCUGCAGCCUCACACCCAGUACCAGUUCAGCGUGCUAGCUCAGAACAAGCUGGGGAGCGGGCCCUUCAGUGAGAUCGUCUUGUCUGUUCCUGAAGGGCUUCCUACCACCUCAGCUGCCCCGAGCCUUCCCCCGACAGAGAUUCCGCCUCCCCUGUCCCCACCGCGAGGCCUGGUGGCAGUGAGGACGCCCCGGGGGGUGCUCCUGCAUUGGGACCCCCCAGAACUGGUCCCCAAGAGACUGGAUGGCUAUGUCUUGGAAGGACGGCAAGGCUCCCAGGGCUGGGAGGCAUUAGACCCGGCCGUGGCUGGCACGGAAGUGGAGCUGCUGGUGCCCGGGCUCAUCAAGCCAGCUGAGGUUGGGCGCCUAGUGUUGAGUGAGAAGGUCUGUGCCUGGGCCCGGGAGAAACUUGGUGCCAAUGUCCCCUGCUUCCUUUUCUGCCCCUUCAGGAGGGAUGGGAGGGCCAGGAACAGAAGUUGGAGGGAGGCGAAAAGGGGCAUGCAGAGGCCCCGGCCGGCGGCGGUCCCUACUGCCCAAGUCCUCUCUCCACCCCCUCCACCUUGUUGGUCCUCUCCUCGCUUGUUCUCCCUAGCUCUGCUCUGUUGUGCAUCAAACCUCUCACGGCCUGACGCUGGCUCCUGGGAGGGGGACUGGCCCCCUACCACAGACCCUGAUCUCCUGUCCUUCCCCAGCUCUGCUCCGGGCUCGGGCAGUCCUGACAGUGUGGCGAAGCUGAAGCUCCAGAGCUCCCCGGUCCCCAGCCUGCGCCAGAGUCUGCUCUGGGGGGAGCCUGCCGGAUCCCCCAGUCCCCAUCCGGAUCCUCCAGCGAGCCGGGGACCUUUACCCCUGGAGCCCAUUUGCCGGGGCCCAGAUGGGCGCUUUGUGAUGGGACCGACUGGGGGGGCCCCCCAAGAAAGGUCAGGCCCAGAGCAGGCAGGACCUCGGCCCCCAGCCCGGCCCUUGGCCCGGUCCUUUGACCGUAGCAGCAGCAGCCCCAGUGGGGCACCACGGCCCCUCUGCAUUGAAGACAUCAGUCCUGUGGGGCCCCCUCCAGCAGCCCCGCCCAGUCCCCUGCCUGGACCUGGACCCCUGCUCCAGUACCUAAGCCUACCCUUCUUUCGGGAGAUGAAUGUAGAUGGAGACUGGCCAUCUCUUGAGGAUCCCAGGCCUGCCGUGCCCCCAGAUUACAUGGAUACCCGGCCCUGCCCCCCCUCGUCUUUCCUUCGUCCCUCGGACUCUCCCCCGGCUCCCCCCAGAGCAGCACUUCCUGGGGCUGUGGUGGGGGCUGGGGCUGCCCCCGAGCCACCCUACACAGCCCUGGCUGAUUGGACACUGAGGGAGCGACUGCUGCCGGGCCUCCUCCCUGCUGCCCCCCGGGGCAGCCUCACCAGCCAGAGCAGCGGGCGGGGCAGCGCCUCUUUCCUGCGGCCCCCCUCCACUGCCCCCUCUGCAGGAGGUAGCUACCUCAGCCCUGCUCCAGGAGACACCAGCAGCUGGGCCAGUGGCCCUGAGAGGUGGCUGCGGAGGGAGCAUGUGGUGACGGUCAGCAAAAGGAGAAACACAUCUGUGGAUGAGAACUAUGAAUGGGACUCAGAAUUCCCUGGGGACAUGGAAUUGCUGGACACUUUGCACCUGGGCUUGGCCAGCGCACGGCUCCGACCCGAAGCUGAGCCAGAGCUAGGUGUGAAGACUCCAGUGGAGAGCUGUCUCCUGAGCACUGCCCACGCCUCUGGCCCUGAGGCCCGCUGCGCUGCCCUUCGGGAGGAAUUCCUAGCCUUCCGCCGCCGCCGAGAUGCCACCAGGGCGCGACUGCCAGCCUAUCGACAACCAGUCCCCCACCCUGAACAGGCCACUCUGCUGUGAACACCCCUAAUGUGAGGCUGGGAAGGGCAUGUGGACCUGUGGAGGAGGCCUCCAACAAGACCUAGCUCCAGCCUCGGGCACUGGCCCUGCCCCUUUGGUGCUCAGGCGCAGACUUGAUAUGGGCUUGGGUGAGCUUGGUGUGGGAUGUGUGUGCUGACCUCUAGGUGAGUCUGGAGAUUGGAACCGGGAUCUUAGGUAUGCCCCUGUGUGUGUGUGUGUGUGUGUGUGUGUGUGUGUGUGGUGUUUUUGGUGUGAGUGAAGUUUUUUACAGGUGAAUAAAGAAAGUCUGAAAAAUGUU